CUGAAACUCUCUCUCUACCCUCAAAACACGUAAUUGCGUCGACUCCAAUUGCCGACAGCCGACCCGAAUUCAAACAGUAACCUACUAGGAAUAGAUUAAAUUGUUGACUCACCGCAUUGUUGGCAGAGACGCUUGGAUUCAUACCAUUUGUCAUAGAAUAUUUGGGCGAAACAUAUGGUCGAAGUUGAUUCGUUUUGCCUAAUAUUGAUCAACUUAUCAAACGUUUUGCAGUUUUCAAGAUGAGUGAUGAAACUUCGUUCUGUAAAAAUUGUAAACGAUCGGUCCCAACCACCUCUUUUACUCUUCAUUCCACUCACUGUGAAAGAUUUAUACAGAUAUGUAGUAAAUGUCAGGAGCCUUUUCCUAAAUCACAGCUUGAAGAACAUGAAAAUGAAGUACAUAAAGAAAUAAAUUGCAAGGAUUGCAAUCAGAAAUUAGAAAUGAAGGAUCAAAUUGAUCAUUUGGCAAAUUGUUGUCCUAAGAGACUGAUUUCUUGUGAGUUCUGUGAAGUACAAUGCAUUGCUAGUAAUAUAACAGACCAUGAACUUGCUUGUGGCAGCCGAACUGAGAUGUGUGAUAUUUGCAAAAAUCAUGUUCUUGUUCGAAUGUUAAAGAUUCAUGAAGAAUUGCAAAAGAUCCCCACUGCUUCAAGUACUUUUCAAGGUCCAAGUAAUAUUCUUGAUGUGUCAAAGGAAAAAGUAUCAAAUGUGGAGGACAAAAAUGUCAACAUUCCCAAAUAUCGCAAUGUGGUAUGUCAAAAUAUUCUUCAAGCCUCUGCUCCCUUGCCCGCCACUCAGCAUAUUUCCAAAACAAAAAAUUUUGAGAAACCUCCUUCGAAGCUCAUGGAGGACGAGGAUAAGCACUCACUUCUUCCUUGUGAAUUUUGCGGAGCUCCAUGUACUAUUGAGUCCUUAGAAAAGCAUCAAAUGCUAUGCGGUUCAAAUUUAGAAGCUUGUCCUCGUUGCCAAAAACAUUUCGCUUUCGGACAGCUGAGUACUCAUGUCUGUUCACAGUCAUUAAACCAAAGAGAACCUCAAUUUGAAGAAGAGCAUUAUUGGUCGCGGUACGUAGCUCCGGCUGUGAAGGAAGGCAUAGUUGACGAGGAAGACAGUAUUCCGUGUGGAAAUUGUGGUUCUCUCUUCCCAAUUUCAUGUUUGGAACUUCAUGAGAUCGCUUGCAAAUUCUCGGACGUCUCAACAACCAAUACUGUACCAGAUACUCACGAAAAUGAAUCGCAAACACAGCUUCCAGCAACCCUUAGCUCUACUGUAGAAGACGAUUAUUGGUCACAGUACGCGAAUGUAGCUCCUACUAUCGAAAACAGCAUGACUGCUGAAGAAGAAACUCAUAUUCCUUGCGAGAUUUGCGGAAUUCCUUUUCCCCUGUCGUCAUUGGAGCUUCACGAGAUUUCUUGCAAAUUUGCAAGCGUGUCGACUCGGAAAGAAAUUUUGACCAGCGGAACUGGAAUAACAGUUGCUCAAACGAAACCAAACAUUCAGCACAAUCAGCCGGAUAAUGAGAUUACGUUUCUACCGUGUUCUUUCUGCAACAUCGUCAUUUCUUCCAGCAUUUUAGAGAUGCAUGAGGCUAGAUGCAGCAAUUUUUCUCAGCAACAGACAACAAUUCGUUCUCAAGUAGCGAAACCUUUGUCAAAGAAAACUGAAAUUAAGAACACGCGUCCAGAAAGCAGCAGCCAACGUGCCUUACGUGAAAACGCACUAUUAGCUACAGAAAAUCGGUUACCGAAUACCCCCAAAAUCCAACAGUCUCAGUACAGAGUUGUCCAACUUCCAGAUGGGAGCCAGGUCCUUAAAAAACGGAAUAUUGAUAGCGAUGAUCUAGAUGUCGGUCAUGUUUUAGGUCGCAAACAACAGCAAGAAUUCGACGGUGGUUUCUUUAUUGAUCCAAAGUGUGUCAAUCCAAAUCUAAUCAAUAAUUCGACAGGAAAUCAUUUUAACGCGGAGUCUAAUGGAAUCAACAAAGAAAUGAAGAAAAGCUUGUUUCAAGAAAGCAGCCAUCUUGGAAGCUAUUCAGUGAAGGCGAAACGCGCUUACAACAAUUAUAUGUCUGCGGAUGUUCAAAAACGGAAUUCUCCCGAAAAAAGCAAUGUUGCCAUGAAACCAUCGUCAAGUCAUAGCAACGAGAUGCGCAUAUCCAAAAAGCCCAAUGCCGCGUUCAAAAAUUAUGCUUACCAACCCGAUGCGGGGAACAAACUUGGACGCGAAGAUAAUUCAGCCAACGAAAGGAAACAAAUGCAGAAUGGAACGAAUUCGACAUCUGUCUUUCGUUCAGGAAAUGCUUCGGUAAAAGGACAACCGAAUGCAAGAGUCAGCGAAGUAAACCCCGAGUUACAACAGCAGGAAGCGCGGGAUCGAAUCAACGCUGGUUUACUAGGAGCUCGACCCAAGCGUCCUCAGCAUUGACUUAAAGUGUUGAACCCUGUUUUAUUACAUUAAAUAGCCCGGUAUUUUCUUCCCUUCUAAUCAACUUGUACCGCAUCCAAGAAGCAAAAAAAAAACCAACCUUUUAUUAACGUCAUGGGGUAUAACCAAGAAGAUAAAAAGUUUUUGGUAAUAACUCCUUUGUGCGAAAUUCGGUGGUGGUGAAGAACUAAUCGACAAUUGAGUUUCCGUUGUAUUGUCUUAAUUUCCCCUCUAAUAAAUUGGCUACGUUUUGCUCCAAA